GUUUUGACUACUCAAUGGAAGGUCAUAUAUUUACUUUAUAAUUUAUUCAAGAGGCACCCCCAAUCUUCAGAUUUGUGUUGCGUAACUUCGUUCCAGUGAGGAUGGAGAUGGGAGAAGACGAGUCAGUAAGCAGCAUUAGGUCAAGCUCCAAAACUACGCGGGAGCUGGCAUUGGAGGGCCAGAAGCAUCUUGAAGACACUAUCGAUCACGCUUUCCAGAUCCUUUCUUCCAUCAACCACGAGCUUUGUAAUGCCACCUCGUGGUCCAAUCCCUCUCCCAUUUCUCCCUCUUCUGUCUCUAAUGGCGUCGCGACGGCGGAUUCACCUUCUGAUAAUACCGAGAAUGCCGUCGGAGGUGGCGCUACUGGUGGAACCCUGGAAGAUGCUCGCUUUCGGUAUAAGAAUUCUGUUAAUGCACUCCGGGCCAUUCUCGCUGCUAUUCCCAACGCUCAGAAGGCGAAAGCAUUUGACGCUGGCUCAGCUGCUAGCCCUUCGGAACAAGCUGAAAUUGAGAAUUUGGAAGAGCGAGCCUCUUGUCUAAGGAAGGAGCUUGCCAACAAGAAUAUGCACCUGAAGAUUCUCAUGGAUCAAUUGCGGGAUCUUAUCACUGAUAUCUCCACUUGGCAGAGUCCUUGUUCAGUCUGAAGUUUGCGGCUUUGGGCAAUAAUACACAUUCAUUUUGAAGGUGGUGCGUUGCAAUGGAAAAGUUAGGUCGAGGGACC